CAACUUCCGCUCAAAGUUUCAGUCUGCCCUACCCUAAGACCUUAAUAAUUGCAAACCUAUAUCUUCCCCAUAAACCGUAAUCGCAGCAAUGUCGAACCAGCAAGGUGCAACCAUCACAGUUCAUUGGCUGAACAAGUCGCGCGGCCAGCGCAUUGUGUGGCUACUCGAGGAGCUCAAUCUCGAAUACAACAUCAAGGUCUACAAGCGCGGUGCCAACAGGCGCGCAGGUCCUGAGCUAAAAGCCGUCCAUCCCUUGGGAAAAUCCCCAGUGGUUACCAUUAGGCCGGCAAAUUCGGAAAAGGAUAUCGUCAUUGCCGAGAGUGAGACCAUUAUGGAGUACAUUUGCGACCAUUUUGGAAAGCAGUUGGUUCCUGCGAGGUACCCCGAGGGCCAGGAGGGCGUGCUUGGCGCAGAGACGGAAGAGUGGAUGAGGUACAAAUUCCUCAUGGAUUUCACUGAAGGUAGUCUAUUCACAGUCCUGAUUGCUGCUAUCCUCAGUGGUAGUAUCAAGAACGCUCCCGUUCCCUUCUUCCUCAAGCCCAUCACUGGUGGCGUUGCCGCCAAAGUCGACGACUCCUUUGUAAACCCAGAGUUGAAGACGCACUUCGAUUUCUUGGAAGACUAUCUCAUCAGGUCUCCCUCGAAAGGAGAAUUUUUCUGUGGUUCCAGCCUUACCGCAGCGGAUAUCAUGAUCCACUUUGCGCUUGAGGGAGCCUGCCAACGCGUGCCUUUGAGUGAUACAAACUACCCCACUCUAUACAAGUACAUGAGGAGAUUACAGCAGAUGGAUUCGUACAAGAGAGCGGCCAAGAAAGUCGAAGAUGCCAGCGAGGAGAAGUAUGUGCCGUUUAGCGAUGCCAAGUUUUAAUAGAGUUGAAGCUGUAUGGGAAGAAAGGCGGGAUGAAAUGAGAACAGGGUCCCGGCUACUGUUUGAUCUGCAGAUGCAUGGUUUCUUAUACAGUCACAUGCCGUACAUUUAAUAGUUUACGCCGUGGCGUGAUUAUAUCCGCUAUGGACAGUACACACAUGGUCAUGAUUUGUGAUUUCAAGCUGCAGCUUUGUCGCUAAACGCACCCGACAUGAAGGUGAGAUCACACUUGGAGGUAACACAGCAGAAUCUCACGUCAGCACGUGCA